UCACUGUGCGCAGAGGUGGGCAGAGAUGGAGGAGGACAGGGAAAAAAACAAAAACAAUGGAUACGUACCGGACGCCAUCUUGCAUCCAGUCAGUAUAGUGAAUGGCAGUUGAACGGCUAUGGAUUAUAGCUCGCCCGCUAGUUGACUAGCAUCGGAACUUUGGUCGUCGGUCAAGGAGACUCAUAGCGGCUUCAUAUUUUCGGCGAAAUAGCAUCGAGAGCCUAGAGAAACGGCUAUCCCAAAGUCCGGUUACUUUGCGCUGUCGUUUGGAGAGACCUUGCGUGCUCCGGGGUGAAGUUAUUUUGGAACCGGACCUGAUACCCAGACCCGGGUCCUGGCUGGUGCAGCGAGAGCUGCUAACACUACCCAGAAACUGAUGGGUGGUUUCUAUGAAUAAUAAUUAUUUUUUUGCACCAAGUUAUCUGUGGCGUAGCCACUUGCAAUUAGCUAGGAUUGCCGUUCGCAGGAUGAGGAAAAUAACGCUAACAUCUUCGACAAGUGUUUGUGCGUCUCUAGCUAACGUUACUCGAAACGGUCGGAAAUGUGAACCCGGCUUCUAAUGCGCUAUUUUCCCGUCAACUUUCAUGGGAAUUUAUCGCCUUUAAUUUGAGAAAAAAACGAGAACUUGUAUGUGUUGUCGUUGCAGUGUGCUUUAUCCGGGGUUGUAUGUAGCGAGUUGUCGUGUUAGCUACCCAGCUCGCUAGCGCUUAAGUGAAAUAACAACGUUGGCGAGCUGCUGGUUGUCCAUGUCAGUUAGCCAAGUAGCAUAGAAAGCGGAUGAAAUGCAAACCUUAAAAUGCCAGCGCUUGAGUUUGGGACUGUGGCCGGCUGUCUGUCUUUCCCUGUGUCGGUAUUUUUGUAAAUAGUUAGCCCAUUGCACUAGCCAGCUAGCUGUUUACAGUCGGGUAAUAAUAUCGUACCCUCUGUUUAUAGCCAGCUGCUAGCUGGCUAACGUUAGCUACUUGGUUAACUUGGGUAGUGAAUUAUUAAAAAUACGGAUUGAGUUUUUUUAUUUCUCUAUAGCAGUGAAUGAAUGAGGGUAGUUAUUUCAUUAUAGCUAGAUUGCUAGCUAACUUUAUCCACCAGUCUUGAUUCAGCUAGCCAGCUGAACAGACUUGAGAUAGUGCGGUGAUUUACUAAGCUGGUAGUGGCUAGAGUCUAGAUGUCUUUAUUGCUCGAAAAACAAUGAAUUCUGUUCUUAUUAUUUGAAAACUAUCAUCUGGAGACGCACCCAUCACUUUUUGGAUUUUCCACGUGGGACCUCUGCCACAUCUAAGAUUUGUUUCCCUUUUCUUUAUAAGUAAAUGCGUGACAUGCUUCUCAAGCUGAGCAGCUAAGUUACUGUAGCUAGCUUCCUACUUAUCUAGCUACAUAAAGGAUUGCGCAGCGGCCCAUUUUCUUCAAGAAAUUGUGGAUUUUGCCAGCGUCCGAUUGUUUGCAAACACCGUUGAUAUUUAUUUGUUUAGAGCUAAUCAGUAAUAUGCUCUGGGGUUCACAUUGACAUUUUUUUUGAAUGAACAGUGGACUACAGAGGACAUCCCCGAUUUUACAGUAACAAAACGCCAGAGAAGCGUGACUGUCAUCCGUGGGGUUUGUGGCAAUAGGAUUUUGUCGAAAUAAAGGAUUUUUGUUUGACUGGAUUGAAAAUGGGAGCAGCUACAAAACUAGCCUUCGCAGUGUUCCUCAUUUCAUGUUCUUCAGGCGCCAUCCUGGGCCGCUCGGAAAAGCAGGAGUGCGUUUACUACAACAGCAGCUGGGAGAAGGACCGCACCAACCGCAGCGGCAUCGAGGCCUGCUUCGGCGAGACGGACAAGCGCAAGCACUGCUUCGCCACCUGGAAGAACACGUCGGGCUCCAUCGAGAUCGUCAAGCAGGGCUGCUGGCUCGACGACGUGAACUGCUACGACAGCAGCGAGUGCGUGGAGAAGAAGGAGGGGCCCGACGUCUUCUUCUGCUGCUGCGAGGGCAACAUGUGCAACAAGAAGUUCUUCUACAACCCCGACACCACCCCGCCCGUGCCAUCGACCUUAAACCCAUUUACCCAGCAGCCUCCUCUGUUUAACACCCUGCUGUACUCCCUGGUGCCCAUCAUGGGCAUAGCAGCCAUCAUCCUCUUCUCCUUCUGGAUGUACCGCCAUCACAAGCUGGCGUACCCGCCGGUCCUGGUGCCCACCCAGCACGCCUUUCAUAUCAUGAUAGAGGACCCGGGCCCCACCCCCCCCUCCCCGCUCCUGGGACAGAAGCCAUUGCAGUUACUGGAGCUGAAAUCCAGGGGGCGCUUCGGCUGCGUGUGGAAGGCGCAGCUGCUCAGCGACUACGUGGCGGUCAAGAUCUUCCCCAUUCAGGACAAGCAGUCCUGGCAGCACGAGUACGAGACCUACAGCCUGAGCGGCAUGAAGCACGAAAACAUCCUGCACUUCCUGGGGGCGGAGAAGCGGGGCACCAACAUGGACGUGGAGCUGUGGCUCAUCACCGCAUACCACGAGAAGGGUUCUCUGACUGAUUACCUAAAGGCCAACGUGGUGUCCUGGAACGAGCUGUGCCACAUCGCCCAGACCACGGCGAGGGGACUGGCCUACCUGCACGAGGACAUCCCGGGCCUGAAGGACGGCCACAAGCCCGCCAUCGCCCACAGGGACAUCAAGAGCAAGAACGUGCUGCUGAAGACCAACCUGACCGCCUGCAUCGCCGACUUCGGCCUGGCCCAGAGGUUCGACGCGGGGAAGUCCGCCGGAGACACGCACGGCCAGGUGGGCACGCGCCGGUACAUGGCCCCGGAGGUGCUGGAGGGGGCCAUAAACUUCCAGCGAGACGCCUUCCUGAGGAUAGACAUGUACGCCCUGGGGCUGGUGCUGUGGGAGCUGGCGGCCCGCUGCACGGCUGCCGACGGCCCUGUGGAUGAGUACAUGCUGCCGUUCGAGGAGGAGGUGGGACAGCACCCCUCCCUGGAGGACAUGCAGGAGGUCGUCGUGCACAAGAAGCUCCGCCCGGUGCUGAGGGAGUGCUGGCAGAAGCACGCUGGCCUGGCGAUGCUGUGCGAGACCAUCGAGGAGUGCUGGGAUCACGAGGCCGAGGCGCGCCUGUCCGCCGGCUGCGUGGAGGAGCGCGUCAUCCAGAUGCAGCGGCAGACCAACAUCAUCGGCCCCGAGGAGAUCGUCACCGUCGUCACCAUGGUGACAAACGUAGACUUCCCGCCCAAGGAGUCCAGUCUAUGAUGGACGGGCCCGGGAAACACGUGCGUGCGUACUGACCAAUGGAAACGGGCCCCCCCCACCCCCACCACCCUCAGACUGCUCACAGAGGACACGCCCACCACCAUCACUUGCGCAACUCAUUACGAUUCAGGAAUUUCUGCACCCGUACCGAUUUCUACCCGCUACGUCUAGCUACGCGUGUGCCUGAAGACUCGCUGACUUGCGGCUUUCUGCUUAAGCCGGAACUGUAAAGACAGUGGUUUUAAAAAAAAGAGUAAAUCAGGAUCCUUUAAAGGAAGACACUGGAGGUAUAAGAAAAUAAGUGUAAAUGGUCUUCAUGACUACAGGACUUCAGGACUUUGACACUGAAUUCAAACUUUUUGGCAGGUAUUAAUUCUUUUGUAUCGAAGAAGAGUAUGUGAAAGACUUCUUCAAAAGGACAUCUGAUAGUUAGUUUUUUUGUUUUUUGUUUUUGUUUUUUAAAGAAAGCUUGGACUAUACCGGAAACCCCACCACAUUUCAUUUCAGUAUAAAAAGGGCAACUUGUUUUUAAAUGCAUUUGCUGUUUUUGUGUUUAUAUAAAUGAAUAUUGUAAUGCCAAUAAGAAACAGCUUCUGAAUGUUUAGUGUAUUGCUGCUGUUCAUAUAUCAAUGGAAAAGUAUGGUAAUCAAGGUUAUUUGUUGGAAUUAGCUUCCAAGCAUUACUUUAAAUAACCACAAACCUCCCUCAACAAGGAAUACCUCAGUUCCAUCUCUGACAAGUUUCCUUUAACACUAAAAACAAUCUCAAAUAUUCAGAUCUGACAUCUGUUUUGGUAUUUAUGCAUUUUAAAUGACAGAUGGCGACAGCAUUUGUAACAGUAUGCCAACACAAAAAUGGCCAUUUAUACACCAGUAUUUCUGCCGUUUCUCUUUUUAUUUCUCCUUAGAGUUUUGUGUUAGUAUAUUUUUUGCCCUGUGGUUUUCAAGUAUUUUUAACCUUUCUUUUCUUUGGUAGUCUGGACAAAUGUAUUCAUUUUGAAAGCGUAAUGAGAGGUCCCUGGGAAAAAAAAUUAACUUCCAAAAUAACAAUUGAAAGCACUUUCCUAUUUAGGUUUGCGGUGUCGAUGAAUAUUUAAAACGGUGCGCAUGCCCCCCCCCCCAUCCUUCCCCCUCCCACUUUUUACAUUUUUGUUUGUUUUUAUGUGAGUUGUGACGGGUGUAUUCUCUAACGGAACCUUUUGCUUUUCAUUUCUUAAAACCUUUAUCACUUUCUCUGCGCGUUCGUUGUGUAUCGCUAGUUCGUUCGUAUCGGUCGUGUUUCGGGAAUUAGCAUUCAGUGUCUGCUGGCGUAUCGCACACCUCAGGAAAUCUGGUCUCUCGAACCCCUCUCUGCUUUGAGCCGUCAGUGACUUCCCUUAUUCUCUCCCUCAUUCCGGUGCCAUCAUUUACACUCAUUUUCGGUGCAUUAUUGUAGACCCUGCGAGAGAGAGAGAGUACAAGCCAAAAAAAAACUUCAGCAAAUGCAUUGUUAAAAAAUACAAUACACGUAUAGAUUGAAAUGGACAUAUCGCAGCCGUGGGGUCGGAGAAGUAGAGAAUUUAGUGGGAUAGAUCUCACAAUGUAGUAAUGGGCGAUCAGAUUUGAACGGUCGUCUUGGUGCCUACGACACUGGUGCAGUUACGCUACCGUUUGUAUUUAUCCUCGUAGACGAGUUCACUUUCAAAACAACUGCUACAGCAACAACGUUCAGGGAUGCAAUACUAUGCUUUACGACGUUAAAUUAUAUGCAAUCGGUGUAGGUAUAGCGAAGUUACCGACUACUUGUACAACAGUAGCAUUUUGACCACGGAUUCGAGUGGCGUUUUACUCAUGCGGGAUAGCCAUUGGGCAGGAGCUUAAACGGAACCGGCGCUGAUUGUACUGUAAAAGUUGGAAAAGGCUCCUAAAGUACUUUUCACGCCGCGGGUUACGGAAAAGCAGCUGGGUUUCCUGUCAACCCCACAGACCCCAAUAAAAGUGCUGCGUAGUUAAAGAGUCGGAAGGUCAGCUGUUCCGAACGACAGACGUGCAGGGCCUACAGGAGACGACCUCAGCUCAGAACACCUCCAUCACUGUGAACACUUCUACACAGGACCUCUGCAGAUUUCUGCCUGUCGUGGAACGUGGUAAAAAAAAGAAGUCACAAGUCUCAGAGCAGAGCAGGGAGGGGGGGAAAGGCGGAUAUCCAUCUGCUGCGCGCGCUACCACGACUACCGCUCGCGCAUAGCGCCGAUUUUUCGUCCCCGUGCUAAAAAAAAAAAAUUCUGAUGUAGCCAUGUGACUACCCACCCCCACCCCACCACUACAUCGCUCAUAUUGUCAUUUCUCCUUUAUUGAAACACGAAGGCUUUACGUACACGACACAUUAAAGUUUUUUAUUCCUCGCACACUACUGUACAGAAGCUCCCCCUGUUCUGGCCCCCACCCAAAGCUCUUAGUCACUGUUGAGAUCCGAGCUCUUCUUUUGUAAGAAAUUACUUUGUCCCAUCAGUACAAGCCAAAAUCUUCCCCACGACAUUGGCAGCAGACUUCAAGGAAAAUGCACAUUAUGUAAAUAUGAAUGUCGUUUUUAGAUUGUGAAUUUAGCAUGUUUUUUUCUAAGAUAUCACAAAGCAAAAAAAAGUCCUUUAUAAAGUAAUUAUUCCAAAAUAAGAUUUUAUUGUUUAUUUUAUAUAUCUAUAUUUUUAAUUGUAUUAAUUUAUGUCAAGGCCCAAAACAGUCAUAUUUCCUUUUCAUGGCAAGGCUGUCUCUGACUAUUUUAAAUCGGUCCAAUGAAACACUAUCGAUUUCACCCCUGGAUCGACACAUCGUUUACCUCAGACAUCCCAGCAAAUGCAUAACGUUCUCGCAACGUCGCCGGAACAUUGCAGAAACACUAUUAAACAUUGGCGCAAUGUGCUAGUGUCGUUGCAAGGAUGUCACCUGGGAUAUGACCAGCAGUGUUUUAUUUCUGUAAAGCGGUUUCAGUUCAAGUUAAACGGAUUACCUCUCAGUUAUGCCAGAAAAGGUAACGUGCGUCAGUCACGUUACCUUGAAAUCUCUCUGCCGAUGUACCGUGUGCAACGGGCACAAGACAGCCGCACUACUGUCAAAGUGUACUUGCCAUUCGAAUUAUCUUCCAAGGAUUUAACAAACCGUUUCAGAGGCCUGGUUGGAAUUGUUAAAUAUUGUACAGAUAAAUGGUAUGUUAUCCCCCCUAAAAUAAAGUAUAGUGACUGCUCUGUG